AUUUCAUCCUCCUCCUCCUCAUUAUUAUUACUCUUAUUUUGGUUUCUUCUCCUUGCAUGUAUUUUUCUUCCUCCAGCCCUAAGGAUGCAUGGUAGAUGGGGAAAUGAAGGCCCAGAAGCCCAGCGGUGGCUUGUCCGAGGUCUCAGAGUUCACCAAAUUACCAAGAAGACCACAGCUUCUUGCUUUCCCUGAGCCUGGGACUCGUGGGAGACCUUUUGGCCACUGUGGCAGACUCUGGGUCAAGCUGCACAAGCUGAGUGGUGCCAAGCUCAAGGAGACCGACAUUUCUGGGCUAGACUUGGUGCUGUGGGGUCUACUAUCUAAUGUUGCCCAGGACCCGGACACUACUGAUCUCCUUCCUGCAAGGCUGAGACCUUUUGAUCCCAGCUGUAGGCCGAGCCCCAUCUCUGGCAUUUCUCCAGGCACUGGGCAGCCCCAGGCGCACCUGCUGGAGUCAACAUCAGAGCCUUGCUGUGGCCUGGCCCUGGCCCUGCAUCCUGGUUCAAGUCACAGGGCUCUGACUAGUAACAGUGACCAAGUCCCCACUUUGAUCCCUGGUUCCAUCCUUGGUGACCUGAGAGCUGAGCCCUGCUUUGCCUUUACUGGUCCCCUCACAGACUAGAGUCUGGCCCUUUUUCCCCUGCUGGAAUCCUGCCACUGCAGACAGACACCCCACUCCAGCUGCCACGUCUUCAGUCGUCCCCUAGAGUACUUCGCAUUUCCUGCCCGUGGACUCCUUUUCAGUUGCCAUGCUCUCCCCCAAGACACUGUAUGAGACUGAAGACCUCCACUGCCUCCCUGAGAGUCCCCACUCCUGGUUGUCGCCUCAGCUCCCCAGAGAGCCCGUCCUGCUUGCUUUCCUGCAAGUGUAGCAAGGCUUACCCUGUAGUGCCUGCCCAGGUCCUGCCAUCUCUCAGGGCAUCCAGGUUUGCUGAAGCCAUUAUCCCAUGACAAAGAAUUUCAUUCACCCACCAAGCCUGGCAAAGAAGUUCUAAAGCAUUCACUGCCACUAACACAGGGUCUCCCUGAGUCAUGUCUAUGGGCCAUCCUGGAGCCCUAGGAGGUCUCCGCUGUGUCAUUGGCCCACAACUUGUUCCAAGCCUGUUUUCUUCUUUCUCCUGCCCUGUUUCUCAGUCCCCUUACCCUCAUCUGUGACUCCUUCUCCCUUUCCCUCCCCUCCCUUGCUGGCCAAUUUUCCACCCUGUGCUUAGCCCUGCCAGCUUCUCUCUGACCUGUGAGGGCCAAGACAGCAGCCCUUUUGUCAGAGCAUUUGGAGCUACUACUUCAUGUAGGAAAUCGCUCAUGUGCUGGGCCGAUAAUGACCAACAACCCUGCUGAUAAUCAGAUGCUCGUGGGAUUCAGUCCUUGGUCGCUACUACUUCCUGUGAGGCCCUGCCAAGCCAGUGGUGGCCUUGAGCGGCCGUCACACUUAGAAAUGAAACCGAAGGCCUCUCCAGAGAGGUGGAGUGGGUUGGCCCAAGGUGAGCUCUGCUGGGCCUGGCUAGGAAAUGUAGCAGAGCUUGGUCCUUGGGGAAUUUCGUGUCCCCUGCCCUGCCUCUGACUCUCAGCCUAUCAAGCUGGCUGGGGUAGGGGCCACAGGAGCUAGGAGGUGCCGAGCUGACCUACUUAUGGGCAGAGCCACCGUGGCAGUGGGCAGGGACACUGCGUUCCUGAGCUGGGAAGUCUGUAUUUCCCACCCGAGGCCCUGGUGACUGGGAGACCAGACUUUCUAACAGCAGGAAUUUCACUUCUCCAAGGGGCAUCUAAUGGCUUUUCUGGAGAUCAUAUUCAGGCCUGCCUCAGUCUCUGGCUGCUUGUUAAUGGUCCUGUGACACACAGAACCCUAGUCUCCAUCCCAUUUCCCAACCAUCUCUGGGCCCCUCCCUUGGGCAGGAGGAAAUUCCUGCCAAGGCAAGGGGCAUUUUGUAGCAAAGAGACGAUUAGCUGCCUUUCAUCUGCCAAAACUCCUCAUUUAAAAUGGUAGUAUUCUGUCUCUGGGAGAGGAAUGGAUAAGGAAUUCCCAGUCUUUUGUGUCUGGCCUCUGUGGUGAGGAAAAGGGGGACCCACAAUUUACAGAUGAGGAAACAGAGGAAACAGAAAUGAGGUGGCUUUCCUGAGAGCACACUGCUAGAAGGUAGCAGAACCAGCAUUCAGAUCUAAGUCUGUCUGGUUCCAAAGCCUCAGCUUCUUCAAUAAUACCGAAUAACAUUUCUUGAGAACUUACUGUAUGCCAGGCACUAUACUAAGUGCUCUAACUCAUUUAAUUUAAACCUCCCAACCAGAUAGGUACUAUUAUUAUCCCCCAUUUUACAGGUGGGGAAACUAAGGCAGCCCAAGGUCACCCAGUUAGAAGGUAACAGAACUUGGAUUUGAAUCCAGGCAGUCCACCUCCACAGUUCGUGGGCUUAACCAAUGCAUGCUAAUAUCCUCAAGGCUAAACUGGCGUGAGAGGCCCAGAACUGCAACCAAAGUCUCCUGGUCUCUCAGGUCAGUAUGCUGUGCAUUAUUGCCUCCUGAAUGAAUGUCCAAAGGCACAGCUGGUGCACCGCCCCCCAGGGGCCUGAAUCUAAAGAAGGGGGUCAUUCUAGGAGGCCUGGGUUCCUGCCAUGCAGCCUCCAUGGCUCUCCAUCCUCAAACAUCUGGCUGUGGGGGAAGAGGAGAUACGCUUCCAAGGAGGGAACACUGCUCCACUCUUGGUCCUUGUGUUACUCGCCUGCCCCAGGCAGGGUGCUUCCCCUCAUAAGCGUGUGUGCAGUUGGAGGUAGGUGGGAAGGACCCACUUGCCUUGCCUCUGACUGACUAUCAUUCUGACAGGGCCCAAAAGAACAAACAUCUGAGACGGCCCAGAGGCUAGAGAGAAGGUGAGAGAUUCGUUAUCACAACCUCCCCAGGGUCCAAAUGAGGAAACAGAGGGCCACAGAGUAAGUUGUAAGCAGAGGUGGAGGGAUCCUUACAGACCCUCAAGACAAACCUUUGGACCAAACCACAGAUGAGGAAAGUCCUCAAACAUAGGCAGAGCCUUGCUCAAAGCAGGCUUAAGAUCUUCUAGGGCCCCAGGAUUUGGCCCUUUGCCUAACCAGCUAGAGUCUUAGAAAGGGAAGCGAGGCCAGAGGGAGUAAGUUAUUCUGGGACUGUGAUGACAUGUGCCCCAAGAGACCCAAGCCCGGCCCUCUGCCAUGGGGUCCCUGAGAGCCUUCUGGCCACCAGCCAUGGCACCUUGCCUGCUGAGGCUUGGGGGCAGAGGGGAUCACUGCUUCUUAAUGGCUUCCUGCCCAGAAAGCUUCUAGAAGUGCCUGAUGCUAACUCUGUUUCCACUGAAAGAGCUGACUUCAGUGCAUCCAGAGGGUUUAAGAUCGGAUUCCAGGCUAAACUGAAUGUGGAGAGUUCUGAGCAUGGGAGUAGAUAAGGAAGGGAAGACAUCAUCGCCUUAGAAGAUGUUCAGAAAAGGAUAUAUAGCCAGGCUAUCUGAUCUGGAAAAGAGCUGUGUUGCCCUGAGGCAGGGGGAUGGAGGAAAUGACCUUUGAGGGCUGGGAUUCUUUUUGGGGCAUUCCCUGGCUUCCCAUGGAUGCCCAGGGGCAGCACACUAGUUCUGAGAGGAGCAGUAACUGUCCAGAAGGGACUUUCUUCCAGACUUGCCCUGUACCUAACUCCAAACAGGCGCCAUACAACAAACUUGACACUUAGCAACCUGUGAGCCUGCCUCUCAUUGUACAGCUGGGAAAACUGAGGCCCAGUAAGGAGGGGUCUCCCCAAAGUGCCAGAGUGACUCAUGAUUCAUGACGUUAGAGCAGGGUGGGAGAAUGACCCUGGGACCCAGGGCCCAAAGCCUCCUAUCAGAGAAGGUUUCCUAAGGCCACAGACUUUCCCCUUCUGUGACUGUCUCCACACCAGCCUGGGUCCUGCCCAGGUUGAGGGCUCUCCUCCCUGGGUCCUUUUCCUUGGCACUCUUUCCAAUGCCCCUGUGCAGUCUGGUUUCUACCCAGAGGCCCCCAGGAAGGGCUGGUGUGUCAUUCGCAGGAGGCAGCGUGCAGGUGGCGGGACCGGCGGGUGAGCCACAGUGAGCUGGACGCUCCAAGCUUCGGAACUGUAAUGUUCGGGGAAUUUCAACUGGCAUUGCUGUCCAGUCCCAGCCAACUGGUUAACGGUGCCGAGUUUGAAUCAGUGACCCGCCUCCUGGUCCCUCCUCCUCAGUCUCUCUUCCUCCCUCCCUCGGGCCCUCCAGGAGGCGCCUGGAGUGCAGGCGAGCUGAGCUCAGGCCGCUGCUCUCCGCCUCCUCCCUCUCCGAGCUGAGCUGGCUGAUGGAGCGCAGGGCUAGGGCUGGCUCUUGCCGAGACCCUGGUCCCGGGUAGCCUGGUCCCCGGAGAGGGAGAGGCCUGUGCCCAGCAGAGCUCUGCUGGGCCCUGCCAGCUCCCCUCACCCCACCAUGCCUCUGUUGGACGUGUUUUGGGCUUGCUUCAGGAAAGUGAAGUGCUUCCCAUUGCUGCAGGGGAGGAAGAAUGCUGAAGCUGAGGCCAAAAACGCAUGCAGGUGGCUCCGAGCGACAGGAUUCCCUCAGUAUGCUCAGCUUUUUGAAGAAGGUUCGUUUCCUGUGGAUAUUGGCUCUGUGAAGAAGGACCACGGUUUUCUGGACGAGGACUCUUUGGGGGCCUUGUGCAGGAGGCUGAUGACCUUGAACAGUUGUGCCUCGAUGAAACUGGAGGUUCAUUUUCAAUGCAAGCAGAAUGAAGACUCAGAGGAGGAAGAGCAUUGUACCAUCAACAACCACUGGGCCUUCCAGAGAGAAAGUAAGCGCUGGUCUCAUGUGGGCUCCUCUGACCUGCUGGCCCCACCGAGCCCUGGCCUGCCAGUGACCUCCAGCUGUGAGAGCGUCCUCACUGAGCUUAGUGCCACCUCCCUGCCAGCCAUCACUGUGAGCCUACCGCCCGAGCCAGUGGGCCUGCCCUUGCUAGGCUGUGCUCCCAGCCCAAGUGGCCGGCCCUUCCUCAGCCCCACUCAGGACCAGGAGACUCCACAAGGCAAAGCCAAGAAGCACCGUUCCCGGAGCUUCCUCAAGCACCUUGAGUCUCUGAGGCGGAAGGAAAAGGGUGGCAGCCGGCAAGCAGAGCCAGAGCGUAGUUCAGCCACCUCGGAGAAGGCCACCAAAGCCGCCUCUUUCCGAAGUCGCCGUGGCUUCCUCUACAGGGCCAAGAACCGGGCGGCCACCUCAGCCAGUGGCAGUGGCACUGAGACCCAGAGGGCCUGGGAGGCCUGGCCUGUGGCCACAUUCCAGCGUCCUCAGCGGGCACACUGGGGUGACUGCCUGGUGCACGUGCCCAGGGACCACAAACCAGGCACAUUCCCUCGCUCCCUGUCCAUUGAGAGCCUGUGCCCUGAGGAUGGACACCACCUGGCAGAUCGGCAGCCAGGUAGCUGCUGGGGCUAUGAAGGGCGCCGGGGCUCCUGUGGCUCCACGGGCAGCCACGCCAGCACCUAUGACAACAUGCCUGAGCUGUACCCAGCUGAGCCUGUCCUGGCUGGUGCCGAGGCUGAAGAGGAGGAGGAGGGUGGGGACAGCCAUACUCACCUGGAUGACAUCCUCCAGCACGUGUGGGGGCUGCAGCAGCGGGUGGAGCUCUGGUCUCAGGCCAUGUACCCAGACCUGGGGCCUGGAGAUAAGGAAGAGGAAGAAGAGGAGGAAGCCGCUUCAUCAGUAGAAAUAGCCACCAGUGGAGUGGAAGGCCAGACCGAUGAGGCUCGGGCCCAGGGAGAGGCUCCAGCCCUCAGGGAGUCCUCAGCCCCGGGCCAGGCGGAUGUCCAGCCAGGAGUCCCGGCUCAGGCUCAGGCCCCAGCUGAGGCUGAACUUCUGGCACUGGCAGAGGCCGGGGCCCCCGGCUUGGCUCAGGAUCAUGAGCAGGAGGCAAAUUCAGGCGGGGAGCCCACCUCUGCCUCCAGUCUGUCUGUGGAAGGACACUCCAUUUCUGACACUGUGGCCUCCUCCAGUGAGCUGGACAGUAGCGGGAACUCCACAAACGAGACUGAGGCCACAGGGUCCCUGGCUGGACUCCAGGCAUCAGCACCCCGUGAACGACGAGAUUCAGGUGUUGGGGCCUCACUUACCAGACCCUACAGGAAGCUCCGCUGGCACAGCUUCCAGAACUCCCACCGGCCCAGCCUCAGCUCAGAGUCGCUGGAGAUCAACCGGCAGUUUGCCAGCCAGAUCCACCUCUUGCACAAGGGCUCACUGCUGCGGCUCACCGCCUUCAUGGAGAAGUACACUGUCCCCCACAAACAGGGCUGGGUCUGGUCAGUGCCCAAGUUCAUGAAGAGGAACAAGACACCGGACUACCGGGGUCAGCAUGUGUUUGGGGUGCCGCCCCUCAUCCAUGUGCAGCGCACGGGCCAGCCACUACCCCAGAGCAUUCAGCAAGCCAUGCGCUACCUGCGUAGCCAGUGCCUGGACCAGGUGGGCAUCUUCCGCAAAUCCGGGGUGAAGUCCAGGAUCCAGAACCUGCGUCAAAUGAACGAGACCUCCCCCGACAACGUCUGCUACGAGGGCCAGUCUGCCUAUGAUGUGGCUGACCUGCUGAAGCAGUAUUUCCGGGACCUGCCUGAGCCAAUCUUCACCAGCAAGCUCACUACCACUUUCCUACAGAUCUACCAGCUCCUCCCCAAGGAUCAAUGGUUGGCAGCCGCGCAAGCCGCCACCUUGCUGCUCCCCGAUGAGAACCGAGAGGUGCUACAGACCCUGCUCUAUUUCCUGAGCGACAUUGCCUCAGCUGAGGAAAACCAGAUGACAGCUGGUAACCUGGCUGUGUGCCUGGCACCUUCCAUCUUCCACCUCAACGUCUCCAAGAAGGAUAACCCCUCCCCCAGGAUCAAGAGCAAACGUAGCCUGGUUGGCCGGCCAGGCCCUAAGGACUUGAGUGAGAACAUGGCUGCCACCCAGGGCCUAUCACACAUGAUCAGUGACUGCAAGAAACUUUUCCAGGUGCCCCAGGACAUGGUGCUACAACUGUGUGGCUCCUACAGUGCAGCUGAGCUCAGCCCUCCGGGCCCAGCCCUGGCUGAGCUGCGGCAGGCCCGAGCUUCUGGCAUGAGCCUGUGCCUCUACAUGGAAGAGAGCAUCCAGGAGCUGCUGCGCGAUGCCGCUGAGCGCUUCAAGGGCUGGAUGAGUGUGCCAGGGCCCCAGAACACGGAGCUGGCUUGCAAGAAGGCACCAGACGGGCACCCGCUGUGUGUGUGGAAGGCAUCCACAGAAGUGGCUGCCCCUCCGGCCGUGGUGCUACACCGUGUCCUGCGGGAGAGGGCCCUCUGGGAUGAGGACCUUCUGCGGGCCCAGGUGUUGGAAGCCCUGAUGCCGGGUGUGGAGCUGUACCACUACGUCACCGACAGCAUGGCGCCCCAUCCCUGCCGCGACUUUGUGGUGCUCCGGAUGUGGCGCUCUGACCUGCCCCGUGGGGGUUGCCUCCUCGUCUCUCAGUCCCUGGAUCCUGAGCAACCCGUGCCGGAGUCGGGGGUGCGGGCCCUGAUGCUCACUUCCCAGUACCUCAUGGAACCUUGCGGCCUGGGCCGCUCCCGGCUCACUCACAUCUGCCGCGCUGACCUCAGGGGCCGUUCUCCUGACUGGUACAACAAAGUCUUCGGGCACCUGUGUGCCAUGGAGGUGGCAAAGAUCCGGGAUUCCUUCCCGACCCUGCAGGCAGCUGGCCCUGAGACAAAGUUGUGAGCCUUGGCCUGGUCCCAGAUUGGCACCACUCAGGCCCCCUGGCACCACCUCAGUGAGGGGGAAUGAGAGCAGAGCCGCCCUCGGAUGGUUGCUGCUUCCAAGGGUAGAGGCAAGGCCAUGCGGUCGCCCUUACUUCCUGAAGCUCCUCCAUAUGUACAGGGAAGGAAGAGAGAAUUUCAGUGUCCUGUCUCCACUCCAUCUCCACCCCCAAACCUGUGUUCUGCCCUCCCGAGAGAGAGGAGUCACUUUUGGAGCAGGAAGACGGCUACUGCCCUUCAAGUCCAAGGAGCCACCGGUCAGUCUGAAGCCUUCCCAGCUCCUCCGCCUGCGGGGUGAGGA